AUGGACUCUAGCUACAACGUCCUCGUCACCGGCGCGGCCGGCCAUCUCGGCACGGCGCUCAUGCUAGCUCUGCCCGAACACGGCUUCACGCCGUUCGGCAUCGACCUUCUCGCGUCACCAGCCACGACGGCCGUCGGCAGCAUCACCGACCGCGCCUUUAUCCGCGGACUGCUGCAGGGCAGCCGCAUCGCGCACAUCAUCCACGCCGCGGCGCUGCACAAGCCGCACGUCGGCAGCCACACCAAGGCGCAGUUCAUCGACACCAACAUCACGGGAACGCUCGUCCUGCUCGAAGCGGCCGCCGAGGUGCUGGGCCGGCAGCAGCUAGAGAGCUUCCUGUUCCUCAGCACGACGAGCGCGUUUGGCAGCGCGCUCGCCCCGGCGGCGGGCCAGCCGGCGGCGUGGAUCGACGAGGCCGUCGUGCCGCGGCCCAAGAACAUCUACGGCGUUACAAAGGUCGCGGCCGAGGACCUGUGCUGGCUCGUGCACACGCAGGCCGCGCUGCCCAUACUCGUACUACGCACCAGCCGCUUCUUCCCGGAGCCCGACGACGACGCCCACCGCCGCGCCGCGCUCGCCGACGCCAACCUCAAGCUGCUGGAGCUCGCCCACCGCAGGGUCGACCUGGACGACGUCGUCGCCGCGUGCGUGUGCGGCAUGGCGCGCGCUCGUGCCCUGGGCUGGGGCCGGUACGUCAUCAGCGCGCCCCCGCCGUUUGCGCGCGACGAGGCCACGCUCGCGGGUUUGGACGGCGACGCGGCCGCCGUGAUCCGGCGCGUGGUGCCGGCCGUGGAAGCUGUUUUUGCCGCCCGCGGCUGGGGAUACCUGCCGCGCAUCGACCGCGUGUACGACUCGGCCAAGGCUGUCCGCGAGCUCGGCUGGCGUCCCAGGUACACGUUUGCCGACGCCGUGGCCAUGGUUCGGGAGGACAGGGCGUGGCAGAGCGCGCUCACGACACGCGUCGGGAGCAAGGGAUAUCACGCCGAGAGCACGGGCGUGUAUACGCAGCGCUGA